AUGUUCACUGGUGAAAACAGAAGUCGAAUGCUGAUGUUCUUUUAUUUCGCGAUCCCUUGUGGAAGCGGUCUAGGCUUCAUAAUCGGCUCUUCAGUGGCCGCGCUCACUGGCGAUUGGAGGUGGGGUGUGCGAAUCACCGCCAUUCUAGGAGUCGUUUGCCUAGCUGCCAUCAUUAUAUUCAUUCGAGAGCCAGAACGGGGUGCAGCUGAACGAGAAAUGGGUGAAAUCGCCACUGAUGUUACGCCCAGCAGUUAUACUGAUGAUAUCAGAAGCCUCCUUUCAAAGUGA